AUGGAGAGGGUGAAGAAGGCGAAGAAGAAGAAGGUGAAGAAAAAGAAGAAGAAGAAGGCGAAGAAGAAGGUGAAGAAGAAGGUGAAGUUGAAGAAGAAGGAGGUGAAGAAGAAGGUGAAGAAGAAGAAGGAGGUGAAGAAGAAGGUGAAGAAGAAGAAGUUGAAGAAGAAGGUGAAGAAGAAGGUGAAGAAGAAGGCGAAGAAGAAGUUGAAGAAUAAGAGGUUGAAGAAGAAGAAGAUGAAGAAGAAGAAGUUGAAGAAGACGAAGAAGUUGAAGAAGAAGUUGAAGAAGAAGGUGAAGAAGAAGUUGAAGAAGAAGGCGAAGAAGAAGUUGAAGAAUAAGAGGUUGAAGAAGAAGAAGUUGAAGAAGACGAAGAAGUUGAAGAAGAAGUUGAAGAAGAAGGUGAAGUUGAAGAAAAAGGGGGUGAAGAAGAAGGUGAAGAAGUUGAAGAAGGUGAAGAAGAAGGUGAAGAAGAAGUUGAAGAAGAAGGUGAAGAAGAAGGUGAAGAAGAAGGCGAAGAAGUUGAAGAAGAAGGCGAAGAAGAAGGCGAAGAAGGCGAAGAAGAAGGCGAAGAAGGCGAAGAAGAAGACGAAGAAGGCGAAGAAGUUGAAGAAGAAGGCGAAGAAGAAGGCGAAGAAGAAGACGAAGAAGGCGAAGAAGAAGAGGUUGAAGAAGAAGAAGACGAAGAAGAAGAAGUUGAAGAAGACAAAGUUGAAGAAGAAGUUGAAGAAGAAGAAGGUGAAAAAGUUGAAGAAGGCAAAGAAGAAGAAGGUGAAGAAGACAAAGAAGAAGAAGUUGAAGAAGAAGGCAAAGAACAAGGUGAAGAAGAAGGUGAAGAAAAAGUUGAAGAAGAAGUUAAAGAAGAAGAAGUUGAAGAAGAAGAAGAAGGUGAAGAAGAAUGUGAUGUCCCUUCCAUUGAUAACAUGGACAAAGCUUCUGUCUUUACUGUGA